UCUCAAGAUAUAAUUCUACAAUUGUUAACAGAGCAACAAAAAGCAAUGUCGCAACAAACGCAACUGCUAAAGCAUAUGGCUGAUCUUCUUCAAGCACAAGGAGCACCAAAUUCACCACACUCACCACAAACAUCAAAUUCAUCCAAAGCAGCACUAAUGGAAUCACUAGCACAGUCAAUGACAGCAUUCGUAUACGAGCCAGAGAGCGGUCUGAUAUUUCAAGCGUGGUACAACAGGUUUGUGCAUGUUUUCGAAAAAGAAGCAAGCUCACUCGAAGAACAUGACAAAGUGGCCUUGUUAUGGAGAAAAAUGUCGAACCAAGUACAUGAAAGAUUUGCCAACUACGUAUUACCAGCAAAACCUGAAGACAUGACUCUAAAGGAUACAGUAGAGAAACUCAAGAAACUCUUUGGUAAAACAGAAACACAAGUCUCACAAAGAUACAAAUGCCUUCAGCUAGCAAAAGGCGACAGCGAAGAUUUCAGAGAAUACGCAAGCAGAGACUCAAGUCAGCAAAGGACAACGACAUAAGACUUCGCUUACUAAAGGUACUGGAUGAUGAAAACACUACAAUGAACCUAGAUCAACUAGUAGACGAAACACAACGAAUUCUAGAUCUCAAAUCGGACAACAUUCUCAUUGAACAUCAAUCAAAAAUCGUCUGUUCACUCAACAAGCACGCAAAAGACUUUAAGAAGCACAAAACACCCAAUUCACCCUGUUGGUAUUGCGGAGACCUUCACUACGUCAAAUUUUGUCCUUUCCAGAAACAUAAAUGCACAACAUGCAAUCAAGUGGGUCAUAAAAAUAACUUUUGCAACAUCGCUAAGACUGGUAAGAAUUUCAAAUCAUCGUCUGAAAACAACCAGAACGAAUUCAGGAAAUACAGCAAUUCAAGGAAAUCAUUCAAAACUAAGGCAGUUUUCAAAACACACAACAUUAAUUUCCGCGACUUAAGGAAAUACACAACUGUCCUAAUUAACAACAAUCCUGUAAAACUUCAAAUUGAUACUGCAUCAGACAUAUCAAUUGUAUCUAUCAACACAUGGAAAGCUAUAGGUAAGCCUGAAGCCUACGAAACUUUUGACAACGCUAGCGACGCAAACGCAAACUCAAUCAAGCUCCUAGCAGAAUUUCAAUGUGACGUCACAAUCGACAAAACAUCAAAAACAUUAAAAUGUUAUAUAACAGAUAUAGAAAAACUCAAUAUCAUGGGAAUCGAUUGGAUUCAAGCAUUCAAUCUAUGGCAGAAACCAAUAACCUCAUGGUGUCAUCAAAUAAACUUCGUUGAUGAAAUAGCAGAAUUGAAAAUGAAUUAUCAAUCAGUUUUUGAUAACAGUACCCCAGGUCUGUGCAAAACAAAAGUCAACAAUCACGAAAAACCAGCAGAUGACUUUAUAGUGGCUUCAAUAUCAUUCGAAGAAGACAUACGUAACGAGAUAAAUGAAACUAUGUCAGUUCUCCCAGUAUCAUUUAAAAUGAUCGUCGAUGCAACAACAAAAGACACGGAUUUACAAAUGGUCCUCAAAUACAUUCAAACAGAAUGGCCAGAAAGCAAGAAAAAUAUUAACCCAUCAAUUAUUCAAUUUUUCAACCGCAAGGAAAAUCUUUCAACCUUCGAUGGUUGUAUUCUCUUCAAUAAUCGUAUAGUAAUUCCUAAAUCAUAUCAGAGACAAAUCUUACAACAACUUCACAGAGGACACUUAUCAGCAGAACACAGCAAAGCCAUCGCCAGAAGUUAUGUUUAUUGGCCAAACAUCGACAAACAAAUUGAAGACUUUGUUCGGAAAUGCAAAAAUUGUCAACAUGCGGCAAAAAGUCCAGUAAAAACAAAUCUUUGCCCAUGGCCAUUAACUUCACACCCUCUUGAAAGGAUACAUAUAGACUAUGCUGGUCCAGAAAAAGGUAAAUAUUAUCUUCUUAUCAUCGACUCGUAUUCAAAAUACCCUGUUAUAUACGAGACAACAACGACAACCACAUAUGCAACAUUAAAAAUGUUAAACGAAUAUUGUGCACUCUUCGGAAAUCCUGAACAAUUGGUCUCGGACAACGGAACACAGUUCUGUUCAGAACAAUUUGAGAAGUGGUGCAGCAAAAAAGGCAUUAAACACACAAGGACUGUUCGUUUUCAUCCAAGUUCAAAUGGACAAGCCGAGCGUUUCGUUGAUACACUUAAACGUGCAUUAAAAAAACUAGAAGGGGAAGAAACGCCUACGGAAUCUCUCCAAACCUUCCUAGAAGUCUACAGAUCCACACCAAAUCCAAAUGCACCAGAAGGUAAGUCUCCAGCAGAAUCCUUCAUCGGAAGAAAAAUGAGAACGGUCUUCGACGUUCUAAGGAAGCAACAAUCGCCUGAGUAUAACGUCAAUCACAAAAUGGAACAGCAGUACAAUACCAAACACGGUACCAAAAACAGAGAGUUUAGCAACGGAGAAUUGGUCUAUGCCAGAAACUUCAAAGGAAACAAAAGUUACUGGACAACAGGCGAAAUAGUCGAGCGUAAAGGGAAAGUCAUUUACAACACUCUAAUCGACGUUGGGGACAGGAAAAUUCUAGUACGAGCUCAUACUGAUCAACUUCGACAUAGAGAAUCGGUAGAGUCAAGCAGUCAAGAACGACAAAAACUACCAUUGGACGUACUACUUGAAGAAUUCGAAAUCGCUUUGCCUAACCAUCAAGAACAUUUUGCAACUCCAACAGGUUCACCAAACUGGACACCUCAAAGAAUAACAAGUCGCAGACAACCAGUCGAACCUAUUUCAAGAUCACCUUCUCAUCUUAAGGAGGGAGAUGUUGGGGCAACCCACAUUAACAAUAUGGCAUCUCAUGUUGCAACAUCCUAUACGGCAACGCCCAUAUAAUAGGACGCCGUGCUACCGCCAUUUUAGCUUGCUCAGUCUUGUUUUGUCUGUCACUCGAGUCUGACUCACUACAUUGUAACUUCUACAUUCCUUUCAAAUUAGUAGCUGUGA